AAUACUAACGCACAUUAGUUGACAAGUGCUCCAGUGCUCCCCAGCUUAUACAUUUACCCACAACUGGGCUGUUUAGGACAUUUUCGAGAGCUGACACGAGCAUCCUGAGUACGCUUAUGGUGCCUAUGACUCCUAAAGCGGCGAAAAGCUUCAAUUAAAGGCAGCCUCUCCCACCAUGGCCGUGCAGCUGCAGCGCCCCCCCGUGGCGGAGGCGUGUAUCGUCCUGUGCUGCCUGGCCUGCGGGCUCUCCGUCCCAGAUCCCCGGCUCAGGGAGGCCCUGAUACAGCUGGAGACCUCCAUGCAAACAGGGGGGCAGAUGGUGCUGACCGAUGCCGAGCAGCGGCUGGACACGGUCAUGUUGAAAAUGAAACGAGCGGAGAUGACGAAGGCAGAGUUUCCUCCUGCCAUGCAUUUCUUCCAGGCCAGACACCUCAUCAGGACCAGUCCCAUCUUCAGUCUGCUGCAGAAGAUGCCCAAAGGUGCAGCGCUUCACGUCCAUGACUUUUCCAUGGUAGAUGUGGAGUGGGUGGUGAAGAAUGCAACGUACCGGCCGCACUGUUAUAUGUGCUAUACUGACAGCCAAUCCAUCAGAUUUAUCUUCUCAUCUCAGUGGCCCAAACGUCUGCAGUAUUGUUCUCCUUGGACGCUGCUGGAAAACCUCAGGGCCAAGACAGUUAAUAUCACCGAUCUGGACAACAGCAUCAUGCGCAAACUGACCCUCUUCACUGACCAGGAUCCAGAAGUGGAGUACCCCAGUCAGGAUGCGGUAUGGAGAAGGUUCGAACAGACCUUCCUCGCUGUGUGGGGUCUGGUCACUUACGCCCCUGUAUUCAGAGACUAUUACUACGAAGGCCUCACCCGCUUUCACAUGGACAAUGUGAUGUAUCUGGAACUGCGGGCUCUCCUUCCAGAGGUAUACGAGUUGGACGGCAGCACCUACGAUACUGCGUGGACUUUGAAAACCUACCAGGACAUCACCCGGCAGUUCACAGCAGAGCACCCCGACUUCUUCGGAGCCAGAAUCAUCUUUACUGUCCACAGGGGAUUAAACGCAUCUGUGAUGACUGGAGUUGUAGAAAAGGCAAUGAAGCUCCACAGAGACUUCCCUGAUAUCAUGGCUGGUUUUGAUCUGGUGGGUCGGGAGGACAGUGGCAACCCCCUGUGGUAUUUCAGAGAUGCCUUGUCACUGCCUGCAAAGAAAGGUGCUCCCCUUCCUUUCUUUUUCCAUGCUGGAGAGACGGAUCUUGAGGGCACUGAAGUGGAUCAGAACUUGUUGGAUGCUUUGCUCUUGAACACAUCACGCAUCGGCCAUGGAUUUGCACUUCUUCGCCAUCCAGUGGCCAGAGAUCUGUCCAGGAAGAGAGAGGUUGCUGUGGAGGUUUGCCCCAUCUCCAAUCAGGUGUUGAAGCUGGUAAAAGAUUUGCGAAACCAUCCAGCAGCUGCACUGAUGUUAGAAAAUCACCCCAUAGUCAUCAGCUCUGAUGACCCUGCCCUAUUUGGUGCCUCUGGUCUCUCUUAUGACUUCUAUGAAGCUUUUGUGGGCUUUGGAGGCAUCAAAUCCCACGUAGGCUCCAUGAAACAGCUGGCCAUUAACUCUUUCAGGUAUAGUUCUUUGACACCUGAUCAACAGGUGAAAGCACUGGCUCUGUGGCAGAAAAGAUGGAUGAAGUUUGUCUCUGAAAAUGACUUCAAAAAAGAAGAAAACAUUUAUUUUUCACCAUAAAACACAUAUUACCCUUUUUCUUAACCGCUCCAAGAACACCUGGGCUAUAGGUAGAUGAAAGAGGGGCAAGGUCAGUCUAAGCUGCAUAUUUACGUCCCAAGAUAAUAAAAAUGGAAAAGGUGCACUCACAUUUACAGUGUUUCAAGAAAUAAGGGAUAUUAGUAGUAGAACAAAACGAUUUACCUUUGAUCAACAGGGUGUGCAUGGUUAAAAUGCUAGAAGAGAGGUGUUAUCUGUCCCUGCUUUGGGAAUAUGAAGACUACACAGAUAGCUUUAUGAAUAAAAAAUAUGAAAUGUGAACUGUGGUUCACAUGUUUGGUCAGAUAUGCUCUUCAGUCUUUCACAGUGACGUGAAGGGCCAGCCAAGAAUUAUGACAUCUAUAACAACAAGUGUGCACACCAGUGGGUAAUUUGCACAAAUCUUCCGCUGAUGGAAAAUGGAUAACAAUGACCUUCUACUACUGCUGUAUGUUGUGCAGAGAAAGGAAGAGAACACAAGGUUUGUAGGUUCAUGAAAGAUUAAAGCAGCUAAGAAAAUGUACCAUACUGGUACAAAAGCUGUUUUUUUUUUUUGUUUUUUUUUUUACGGCAAAUCUUACUUACAUAAUAGUCAAUAUUGGUUUGAUAACGUCCUGGCACGAACACUUAAGUACCAAACACUGCUUGGCACUUCUCAGGUAAAACAUUGCCUUUUAUUUUAAGGUUGUUUUUUUAGAUGGUGUAUUUUGAUUGUCAUUAUAGUUGUGGUGUGAACCAUAUUUUCAACAGUAGUUUUUUCUUUUUCUAGUAAUCGCUAUGGUUCUUAGUAUGAACAGCCCUCACAAAUGCUCCGUGUGAAUCAGUGAUCCUCCGUUAAAUGACAGCUUUAAUGUGAACUAAGGUGGCUCAGUUGGUAGAGCGUUUGCCCCUGGACCUAAAGGUCAGUGCUCGCUGUCCACCAAAGUGUCCUUGAGCAAGGCACUGAAUGAACCCCCAGUUGCUCCCGGUUGUCAGGCCAGCACUGUUGUGUGGCAGCUAUGGGGCUGUACGAGUACAGCGGGAAAGCUGUACAAGUAUAAGCCAUUUACCGUGUAUAAGAACCUAACAAGGCACUUAAUUAGUCAUAGCGCAAGUUUCUGUGUAGAAAAAAUACUGUCAUGAUAAUAGUUGAGGUUCUUAUAGGUCUUGUAUUUAUUUUUGUGAUGUGUUUAUGGUGUACUUGUGUCUUGUUGAGUUCUCUUUAGAAAGACUGUGACAUUUUAUGGCUCUUAAUUUUGAAAAGCCAUAAGCCAAAAGUGCUUGAGGACCACUUUUUCUUUUUUCAAGAGUUUCACCUUUAAAAAUGUUUGCAGUCAAAGUGGCAUUUUAUGUUUGCUUGUACAGGCAAAUGGUUGAGCUCGCUCUUCUUUUUUAUUUUAUUUUAAGUAUUUCAGGGCUACCUUAGAGAAUAUGAACUGUCAGCAUAAUGCAAACACAUUUAAAUGCUGUAAAAUCCACAGACUAAAUGAAGCUAAAUAAAAAAACAUUGAUUUACA